AUGCAGCAUUAUUCUGUAUUUCUUGAAACUUUCAAUUACGAUAUUCGAUACCGGUCGUCCAAGGAAAACGCGAACGCGGAUGCUAUGUCACGACUUCCGAUUGAGGAUGUGAAUAACAGAAAUCGUAUAGAAGAGGCUGAUGUGAUUGAACUGAACUUAAUCGAAACAUUGCCAGUAACGGUAGAAGAGUUGGCAGAAAGUACUAGGGAAGAUCCAAAUGUGCGUAACUUGCUGCAGGGUCUGAAAGUCGGCAGAAAUGUUAAAGGUCGCGAUAGAUUCGGAGUAGAUCAAAAUGAAUUUUCAAUUCAGAAAGGAUGCAUAAUGAAGGGAAUUCGCGCAUAUAUACCACCGAAACUGCGUAAACGAAUUUUAGAUGAACUUCACACUGGUCAUUUUGGCGUUUCCCGCAUGAAAUCGCUAGCACGGUCCUAUUGUUGGUGGGAGUGUGUAGAUCAUGAUAUUGAGCACUUAUCGCGUGAUUGUAAUGAAUGCGCUAGAGUUAGGAAAAAUCCACCGAAGUUCAUUACGCAUUGUUGGAAAAAGCCUACAGAACCGUUUCAACGCAUCCACAUAGAUUUUGCAGGCCCGUUCCUUGGAUUAAACUUUUUCGUGAUCGUGGACGCGUUUACUAAAUGGCCCGAAGUUAAAAUAAUACCUGACAUGACUACGGAUACGACUAUCGAUAAGUUACGUGAAUAUUUUGCGACCUAUGGUGUACCUUCCAUUAUUGUGAGCGAUAGCGUACAAUUCACUUCAGAGCAAUUUCAGUCAUUUCUGAGUAAGAACGGUGUUAUUCACAAAAUGGGCGCACCGUAUCAUCCGGCCACAAAUGGCCUCGCAGAAAGAUUCGUACAGACUUUUAAGGACAAGUUGAAGACGUUAAAGUGUGAACGGAAAGAGGUUCAGUUUGAGCUUUAUAAGAUUCUUAUGGCCUAA